AUCCUCUCCCAGGGCAGGGAGUGCCACAUCUCCUGGUGGUGAAUGACCACCACUGUUGACUUAAGAGCACGGUGAGCAGCAGGUGAGCGUUGUCCUGCUGCUUGGGCCACCAGAACCACACACCACGCUCCUCACCUGGGGCCAGGGGUCAGGGAGUGCGUCAUAUCGUGCCGGCAUGCGUCAUACCCUUGGCUGUGGGCAGGGACAGGGGCCAUGUCCUGGGGGGCUGUGGGAGGAGCACACCUCUAUGGCCAACUCCAAGGAGCUGUGAGCAGAGCAGCGGGACCGUGACAGGAGAGCCACCAGACUGCCCAGCUGCAGGGAAGGACAUAGCCAUUGACAAGGGAAGCGAUGAAGGCGAACGUGCACCAAAGUCCAGUGUGAAGGAGAAAAUCGGUAGCUCUCCUGCAGCCAUGAGCCAGCCAACCCCAGCCACCGUGGAGCUGCCUGUGGUGCCUGGGGAGACGAAAGCUGUCUUUGGUGUGGCAGACAUCAUCGUAGUGGUUUUGUAUUUCAUCUUUGUCCUCGCUGUUGGAAUAUGGUCAUCGAUACGGGCAAGCCGGGGAACCAUUGGAGGUUAUUUCCUUGCAGGACGAUCCAUGACCUGGUGGCCUAUUGGAGCAUCACUGAUGUCCAGCAACGUGGGCAGUGGCUUACUUGUUGGCCUGGCGGGCACUGGAGCAGCUGGGGGUCUUGCCGUCGGGGGCUUUGAGUGGAAUGCUACCUGGGCCCUGCUGGCUCUCGGCUGGAUCUUUGUGCCUGUAUACAUCGCAGCUGGAGUGGUCACCAUGCCUGAGUACCUGCAGAAGAGAUUUGGAGGGCAGAGGAUACAAAUCUACAUGUCUGUGCUGUCCCUCAUUCUUUACAUAUUCACCAAGAUAUCCACAGAUAUUUUUUCUGGAGCGUUAUUCAUCCAAAUCUCUUUGGGCUGGAACCUCUACUUGUCCACUGUGGUCUUGCUAGCUGUGACCGCUGUCUACACUAUAGCAGGCGGUUUAACAGCUGUGAUAUACACAGAUGCGCUGCAGACCUUGAUCAUGGUACUGGGAGCUUUGGUCCUCAUGUUUAUAGGAUUUGAAAAAGUUGGCUGGUAUGAAGGACUUAAGGAGAAAUACAACACAGCUAUACCCAAGAUCAUAGUCCCAAACACAACCUGUCACCUCCCACGUCAGGAUGCCUUCCACUUGUUCAGGGAUCCAGUCACAGGUGACAUCCCUUGGCCUGGCCUCAUAUUUGGCCUCUCUGUGCUGGCUCUUUGGUGCUGGUGCACUGACCAGGUAAUAGUUCAAAGGUCACUCUCUGCCAAGAACCUCUCCCAUGCCAAAGGUGGAUCAGUGCUGGGAGGAUAUUUGAAAAUCUUCCCUAUGUUUUUCAUUGUCAUGCCAGGAAUGAUCAGCAGAGCUCUUUACCCAGAUGAAGUGGGCUGCGUGGACCCAAGCAUCUGUAGAAGGGUCUGUGGAGCUGCGGUGGGUUGUUCCAACAUUGCCUACCCCAAACUCGUGGUAGAGCUCAUGCCUGACGGGCUCCGGGGUUUGAUGAUUGCCGUGAUGAUGGCAGCCCUGAUGAGUUCCCUCACCUCCAUUUUCAACAGCAGCAGCACUCUCUUCGUUAUAGACAUCUGGCAGCGGAUCCGCAAAAAGGCUUCCGAGCAGGAGCUGAUGAUUGUGGGCAGAGUCUUCAUCCUCGUCCUGGUAGUCAUCAGUAUCCUCUGGAUCCCCAUCAUUCAGUCAGCCAACAGCGGCAAGCUCUUUGACUACAUUCAAUCUAUAACCAGCUAUCUGGCUCCACCAAUCACAGCUCUCUUCCUCCUGGCAAUCUUCUGCAAGCGAAUUAAUGAGCCUGGUGCUUUCUGGGGCCUCGUGUUUGGGCUGGCUGUUGGUCUCAUUCGCAUGAUCAUCGAGUUUAUUUAUAGCGCACCAUCCUGCGGUGAGGAGGACAGCAGACCAGCUGUGCUGAAGGACCUGCACUACCUCUACUUUGCGCUCAUCCUCUGCGUCCUCACCACCAUUGUCAUUGUCCUCAUUAGUCUCUGCACUCCUCCGAUCCCUGAAGAAAAACUUGCUCGCCUGACAUGGUGGACGAGACACAAAAAGUCUCCUGACAUUGACCUGAAAAACUACAAGAGCGAAUCAGCACAGAUGAACCCAGCUAACGGAGAGCACGACUUGGUCGAAAGUGCCGACGCAGGCAGUAAGGAGGAGGCAGUACCCAAGCCUCCCUGCUGGAAAACACUGUACCUGUGGUUCUGUGGUCUGUCCCCCAGCCCCGCACCACCUCUGUCCCAGGAGGAGAGAGCUGCCCUGGAGCGCAGACUCACCAGCAUUGAGGAGAAGCCCCUCUGGAAGGCUGUUUGCAAUGCUAAUGCUCUUCUCCUGCUGACCAUUAAUGUCUUUCUGUGGGGAUAUUUUGGCUGAGGUGGGGUCGGGCAGCACGUGGCUUUGGUUUACUACAGAGCUUCUCAUCCUCACAUCUGAGCCAGAGGCUUUGGGUGACAAAUUCUGGUGAUGGUCCCUGUGUGCCUGGGCACAGCCCUUCCCCAGGGCACUGCUUGCUGGAAAUGCCCGUUGGGCUCGGUGGUGCCACUCCUGAGCCAAGGAGUGACCAAGACUCAAACCUGGUUGCAGCCAGGAUGCACAGGACAGCACACGGGUCAAGCCAGCAGAGCUGGAGUCAGCUUUAGAGCAAAGCCGAACCUGACAGGGAGCAAAACUCUGGAAAGCCUGGGGCCUCACUCCACUUCUGCAACCCGACUGCUCCACUGUUUGAGGGGAAGGAGGCCAAAGCACUUCUCACAGGCUUUUAUAUAGCCUAAUUGAGAUGUGGUCAGGGUGGGAUCACUGGAUUAGUGACAACCCUGGCUCCUGCACCCACCCCAAGACCUGCAUUGGACACCUCCCCCCGGCACUGGCAGCAGGCAGGCCCCCGCCAGGUCCUGGCCUGUCCCCAUUCACCCCGGAUGAAUCCUGCCUUUAACAGCAUUACCAGCAAUAAAAGUGCCUUAGUAACAAAGCCAA